CAUAAAACUGGAAUUGGGAGCUGCAACCGAGACACUCUGCGGCCAGGCGGCACACGGCACAGUUCUUUGAGUCUGCCGAGUUGUGCUCUCGUGCUCAUCCUCGCAAAACAGUGACGCAGCUGCUUUCGCGCCGUUUGUCUCCUCCAGCCGACCUCACCUACCACGGGUGUGGUCUUCGGACGACAAUAACGGACCUAAAGUGGUGCGAACAUUGCGGACAUCCCCAUUGAUCUGAAGCCGACGACGGUGUUUGCGUUUAACCGGCCAUGAGGCUUCUAACGGUGGCCGUGCUGCUGUGCGCGGCCGUCGCAAUGGCGUCGUGCCGGCGACGCUACCGCAUCCGAUACCUGGAUGCCGACGACGUGGACGAUGCACCGGUAGUGUUCCGGCGGGGCCGGAAUCGAGACCUGAUGCGUGACCUCGAGGCCGUGGCGAGCGGUUCAAACCGCCCCGUAUACGUGAUACGCCGGCGCAAGCCCAAGGACCGCCGGCUGCUCGGACACAGCAGCCGCGAGCGGGUGCACUUCGAAGAGCCGCCGGAGGAUUUCGAUGCUGAAGAAAGCAGGCGGCCGAUGCCUCCAAUGCCUGGUCAAGACCCGUUCCGGCCGACUUUCGUUGUCCAAGGCACGUACGCCCUACACCCGAGGUCUCAGAAGUUGAUGCCCUACGAAGGCGAACAACCGAUACCCAUUCCUCGAGAAGUGUUCUCCCAGAUUUCAUAGUCCACCAGGCAGGCCUGGAAGUUCAACAGAGAGGCCCACCAUCAGUGUAGAAUCGGCGAUUGCGCCUGCGACGCGGUAGAGUAAAGGAGCAGCGUGUGUUUCCCUCUUCGGGACUGCAAACACGUGGGAACGGCAGGGGCCAUAUAACAAUCGUUCACCUGCCAGGCCAAUGCUGUUCACUUCAGGAAAUAUCAUGCGUUGCCUUUAGCUUUACCGUAUAAGAGUGCACUUCAUAUUUAUCGCCGUUUUCUUUUUUUUUUCACCCGCAACAAAUGCGCUAUCGUUUCAUCUCACUUUUUGUAAGUUAUUUGCCUCGUGAAUAAAUUAACAACUCGCACAAUUUAUGUAUAUAUUUCUUUUAUUUACACAGAUGGCUCUUUCCCAGCAUUUGCUUGAGCAAUCCACGCUCACCACAACACUUUUUUUCUUAAAGAAUAAAUAAAUAAAUAAAUAAACAAAAACUCUCUCAAAAUCUCUUUUCCUUUAUUUUCUUCCGCACUGUUUUGCGCCUAAAAGACACCAGCUCAUGCUUUCCUAGGGCUCGAAACGAGGUAUAUAUUGUUCAGCACAAGUACCUCAUUGGCUACUGUUUGUCUUUGUGUGUGUGUGUGGCAUUUUAUGCGGAUCUUUCAAUAAAUAUUAAUUUGUAUGCGA